CGCUAUACAUCAAGAAUAUCAUACCCGAUAGAGUCAUAAACAGCUUGUCUAAACCAAGCAUGAAGCGUCCUCUCCCGCUGAUAGCCAUCCCGGGUAAUACCCAGGUCUUUCCCCUGGGCACACCGACACCUCCCAGGUCGAACGUCUCCCCACUCCUCCGGUUCUCCGCCAAGGGGCUUCAACUGAGUUCAGAGGGAGAUGAUGGUUUGGCCAUCGUUGGACAUGGAGAGGGAAGAAGGAGGUUGGUUCAGACUUUGCUGUCCAAGCAUAAGUUCCACCCAACUCCACCCUCACCAGGCCCGUUUCCCUACACUUCCUCCAUUCCCAACUCGCCCUAUCCCCUCAUCAGGCACUUGACAUUUUCGCGACCAUCUCCAGGCGGGGAAUUUACGGACUAUACGGCGAGGUACGGGGCGUUGCAGGACGAAGACAGGGGGACUCUGUUGGAUCACUAUCUCUCGCUCUACCCAGAGGCCGAGAACGACAACAACAUUCACAUUGGGCUAUCUCCAUCGGCGGAUCACACUAGUAAAGAGAAACUACUCGAGAUCGAACGUAUAGCAACCCAAAUCCGGGUCUCCUAUCUCCUCCAAACCCCGCUGAUCGGCCUCAGUAGCGGACAGACGAGAAGAGCGAGACUAGGAGCGGUCCUUCUUAGUCGAGCUAGGAUGGUUAUCCUGGAAGAUCCCUUUGCUGGGUUGGAUGUGGGGAGUCGGGAGGACAUCGCCGAGCUUCUAGGCAAGGUGAACAGCGGUCAAGGCAACCAGGGUGCGAACGACGUCGACGUAGUCGAAGAGCAGAGGCGGAUGAGAACGAUCCUAGUUCUUCGAGGCGCAGGAUUGGUAGGUAUGCCAAAGUGGAUUAAUAAGGUCGCUCAGGUCACUGAGGAUGAGGUCUGGACGGGAUCCAAGGAGGAGUACGUUGAGCGGGCCAGGGAGAAGGAGGCGGGGAAGGUGUAUCGCUCGGCCGAGGUAGCAACCAAAGAGAGGAAUAGGAGAGAAGAAGGAGGUGUGGUCGAUAAGAAGGAGGAGAGCGCUCAGAGAGAACCGGUCGUGAGGAUGAAGGACGUCAAUGUGGCUUAUGGGAGCAAGAAGGUCCUUGACGACGUCUCCUGGUCGAUCUACCCUGGCGACAAGAUCCACCUCCAGGGCUCCAAUGGAUCAGGCAAGACCACCAUCCUCUCUCUCCUCCUCGGCCAUCAUCCCCGGUCAUACGCCAUGCCAGCGAACAACCUACUCAUCUUUUCCAAACCUCGACGAGAAAUCCCGAUGCCGUACCUCCGAGCAUGGAUUGGACAUACCUCACCAGAAAUCUUUGCCGCGUUCCCCAGAAACAUGCGGUUGACAGCUGGGGAAGCUAUUGGAUCGGGGUACGAAGGCGUAUUUUCCCGACGAGAGUUCACGCCCGAACAGGUCAAACGGAUAAAAUCCCUACUACAACCUUUCGUUGGACAACUCGCCGCGCCCGCUCGGUCAGGAUCGGGCAGACAAGCCUCUCACAACCGGACCGACGUCGACUCGAUCUACGACUGCGAAUUCUCACACUUCCCGGCUAGUCAACAGGCCGUGCUCCUCUUCCUCCGUUCGAUCGUGUCUAGACCGAGAUUGCUCGUCCUGGACGAGUUCAGCCAGACGAUCGACGAGCACGCUUGGGAGGUGUGUAAAGGGGUGUUGGAGCGGGAGUGGGAGGAGAUGAGACGGGACGAGGGGGUGGAGCAGGCUGUGGUCGUGGUCAGUCAUUACGACUCCGAGGUGCCUUGGGACGCGGGUGAGGGCAAGGUCUUUCGGCUGAAGGAUGGGAGGGUGGAUCAUUCAGAGUGACAACGUGACGGAAGCGGCGAGUCGACAAGGGGAAUGAAUCGCAUCUAAUAAGGGUUGUAAUCGUUUGUGCGUAAGGCUACAUGCAUAUUUUCUAUAGAUGACGAGUCAGAGGCUGGAUGAUGUCGAGUUCAGGAAGAGGGAGGUGGAGG